UCAGUGGGAGCGAAUGUGAUUGAAACAGCAGCUCUUGGGAGACCCUUCCAGCUCGGGAUGCUGUAUGACUGCAGAAAAGAUGCAUUAAUACCAGGAAUCAGACUUUGGAGUAAAGAACAGCUGGAGCAGAAUAUGUGCUCCUAUACCCAAAUAAAUACAGAUUUCAAUGUCACAGCUUCAGACUCCAUUCAGGACAAAACUAAAUUACUGAAUAUUGAAGGUAGACUCAAACUUAGUAUUUUAGGUGAUCUCAUUGAUGUUAGUGGAGCAGGAAAGUAUCUAAAAGACAUCAAAAAGUCUUUCAAACAGCAGAGACUGACUCUACAUUAUCAUUCAACCAGCAAGUUUGAAGAACUGACUGUGAAUCAUUUGCCUUCUGAAAAUCUUCCUGAGGAUGAUAAUGAUAUUGCCACACAUGUAGUGACAGGAAUAAUGUAUGGAGCAGAUGCCAACUUUGUGUUUGACAGAGAAGUUUCUUCAAAUGAGGAUAUAAAAACUGUAAAAGGAGAAGUAAAAGUGGCUCUUGAGAAACUACGAGGCAUUUCAGUGGAUGCAAAUGCUGAUCUAAAUGUAAAUCGUAAUAAGGAAUCUGCAGUCAAAAAAUUCACGUGUACUUUUUAUGGUGACUUCCAGCUACAGUCUAACCCAGCCUCUUUUGAAGAUGCGAUGAAGGUUUUAGCUGAUCUUCCAAAACUGCUGAAAGAAAACCCACAUCUGGCGGUUCCUCUGAGAGUUUGGCUUUAUCCUCUGGACAAACUUCACUCAAGAUCUUCAAAACUUCAGAAGGAGAUCAGCAUGGAUCUAAUCAUGACGACUGAAUCAGUGAUUGAAAGUUUAAAUACAGCAGAGAUGAAAUGCAGUGAUCUUCUAGAAGACUCUCCUGCUCAGAUGUUUGCUGAAUUUCAUGAUAAAAUUCAGCAAAUGAAGCAAAACUGCUACACAUAUAAGUUGAGACUUGUGAAGAAACUCAGCUCUCUGCUGCCAGACAUCCAUGGAGAAGUGAUGAAGGAAACCGUACUGUAUGAUCUUCUACAAGAACAUGAUGAAUCUCCAUUCAGAGAAAGUGACCUUUCAGAAUGGUUGACAGAGAGAGAAAGAGAGUCUGGGAUCAUUAAAUCAGUCCUCACAUGGCUGGAGGCUUAUGGGGCACAGGUGGAAGACAACAUAGAUGCCAUUUUGAUUAAUCUAGAAGAUGGGAAUCUGGUCAGCUACACGUUCACAUCAUUGAACUGCUCAGAUGUGCUUCUUCAACAACAAACUGCCUAUCUGAGUCCUUCAACACAAGGAGAAACUGAUCAGAAGAGCCCUAACAUCAAGCAAAGGUCUUGGCUAACUCCUGAGAUCCAAAAGAUCAUGAGGAGCAACUUGAAGAUAUUUAAGAACUUGAUCAAUUCAGACAGUUGUAAACAAGACAGGUUCAUUGUGUCAUCAAAUGAUAUGGAGAAUCAUCCUGGUUCCUGCAUUCUCAUGUAUGAAAGUGAAUGUGAUGAAGCUGUUUGCUUUACUCCUCCAUCCAAACCAGCCUGUCCAAUCACUGAAGAGGUCAAAGGUCAGAAUGUGGUUCUGAAGGUUCCUCCAUCAGGUCCUGCUACAGUGGAGCUCAGAUUACUGUAUAAAGCGAAGCAGGACACAGUCUGGACAUCUGAACCUGUGCUGAAGGAUCAACACACAGUUACUCUGACUGAUCUGAGAGCAGGAACUGAGUAUGAGAUCAAAUGUGCAGCGCUGGGGAAACUCAACUACACCAUAGACAGUGACAUGAUCAGAGUCAUCACAGAGGUAUGAUCAAAUUUAAAUGAUUGAUUAGAAAUAUAUGCAGCUUUAUGACAGUGAGUUUUGAAUGCUUUAAAGAUAAUUUCUCCCUGUAUUGCCAAUUUCAUGAUUUAAUUAGUUGUUAAUUUAGAAAUGUGCCUUUCAGCAAAGUACAAGGAAACAAGCUGUUAAAGAUAAGUACAGGAAACAGUAAUACGAUAACUGUAUAAUCUGGGUUUUGUCUAUUACACAGAGAGAAAACAAGGACAUUGGAAGAAAACAAAAAAUAGUGCAUUUAUUUGACAUACUUCAUCUUGAGGGUAGGCAUAAACUGAGAGCUGCCUAUGUUCUUCAGAUAACUGAACAUUCAUUACAGUCCCAUGAAUCUUGUGCUGAAGAAGAGCUGAUUCAGACUUUCCUACAAAAAAUACUGAUGAUGAACUACAGAGCAAGAUGCAUUAAAACUAAAAAGAACAACAAGGAAGAUCACACACAACAAACUGACAAUUACCCUUCUGACGAUGAGAGUGAUAUUUUUGAUGAAAUGUUUUUAUCUAAUGACAAAACAAGUCAAUCUGAUCU